UUCCUCCCGAAAAUCGAAGGCUACGGGGGUGGUAGCCGUCCCUUUUUCCUCUAUCUCUCCUCUUCAUCACCUUAUUCUUUUUCUACCCUUUCCUCUCUUUAUCUAUUCUCUUUUUUCUUUUCUCGUUCUGUACAUCUGUGCCUAUAUAUCUCGUAUUGUUUUUAUUUCUCCCGCUGUCUCCGCUGUCACCACGUUUUCGCGCCGUGCCUGUCGGUCUUACGUCUUGAGAUUUCUUCUCUUCGAUGUGCGCGUCGUCGAGCAUACACGUGCCAGCGGGACAUCGAAGGGUGUCGUACAGCAGCAUCCGGUGCACGUGUCAAAACCAAGUGAAAGUGUCGCAGUCCCGGCAAUUCGGUUGCGCCGUUCGUUUUGUGCCACGCCAAUAGCUCGCGCAUCUUGGCAGCUUCUUUUCAUCGUUUACACUUUUUGAAGACCCUCGAGGAUUGAGGGGAUCUUGAAGCAAUUUCGAGGCUCGACCAUUGAGCCCGGUUUCUGAACGCGCAAAGUGCCCGGGAAGAGAGCUGCGGCGGAUCGAAAGAUCGUACACCGCAUGGAUCAAGCAAGCGCUUCCACUGCGCCAGUGAAACUUGCCAGUCACGUGAACAGCGAGGGUGGCGAGAAGGGUGAGAAGGAGUGAGCCGAGCGUGCCGUAGUCAGCGAUACGACGACGAGGAGCGAGAUACGUUCCGCGUGGGAAGCCGCCGAUGGAUCCCCCGAUUCUCGCCGACCAGCCGAGGGGCGGUUAUACACGUCGAUCAAUCAUCCGAACAUCUAUCCCGAAGAUCGCCGCCAGUCUCGAUUGUCUCGCGAGUGCCGACGCGUGUACCGCUGCACCGGUCCUCGUAACGAGUCCCGACACUCGGUCAUAAUUGGCGAACUCUCGUCGAUAUAGACGAUUUUUGCGCGGCCUCGGCGAGCCCGAGACUUAUAAUGAGCCCGAAGAGACCCGCUACGCCGAGCGCGGCGGCGAAAGUGGCAAAACAGCUGAUGGGUGACAAUAACUCGGAGCGCGUCGUCUGCAACGUGAUCGAACGGCCAAUAGCACGGUGACUGAAAUAAACACGUAUCCUCGGACGAAGUGCGAAGCGGAUCGGCCCCGUGUAUGUACACACCAGCGUGGCCUUCCACCUCGUGCGACGGAAAUCGUGCGACGCGUGGAUGCGUCCAAUUUUGAUCGAGAAUGACCUGAUUCCAUCUUCGGAGUUAAGAUCGAUCCUGGGAGAGUAUCCCUCUCUCCGUCGCCCUGCGUGUCCGUCUCCGUUUUCCUCUCUCGCAGAAUUCGUAGGAACGUUGUGGCGUGUCCGCAGAAACGGAUCUUCGUAGUCGGCGCGGAUAAUCUAAUGUCGCGGCCUGACCCUACUGCCCACAUCGAUCACUGUCAAGUAAAUCGCGCGAUCGCACCUUUGUGCGGCUUCACAGAGUAUCUUCCUAAGUACUGGCAACUCUCGAUGGACAUUUUCUCGAUGCUUCACAAAUUUUUCAAAAUCUUCGUGUCUAUAUCACUGUCUGUUUUAUGCUAGUGAAUCAAAUUUUAUCUUCCUUCCACGGAAUACAGUAUUAUCGUGUUUAUAAUAUAUGAGAGAAAUAUAUUUACAGUUUUUGAUGUUAAAUAAUACGUAAAAACACUAGUAAAAAAAAGCUGUUAUUAAAGUGUCUUAUCUUGUUGUGAUGGAAUGUGAUAUGUGUUUGCCAUAAUGCCUCGUGCAUUAAUUAAAUAUUAAAUAAAUAAAAUAUACAGUAUAUAUUACGGAUAAUAACUACAACAUUAUUAUAUAAAUCUACAUUCACAAAGAAAUUCAGCAAGCAAAAGUGUGCAUAAAGUGAGGCGUCUUACAGCUUUUAAGUGUGAUGUCUAAAGUGUAAAUCUUUAAGUGUAAAUCUUCAAUGAUGACAAUGACGAGAGUACGAAAAAAAUACGUCAUAGUGACCGAAACGUUAUUAAAACUAAAGCUUAAUACGCGACAGAUUACUUGUACUUAAUGUGAACUUGUUCUUCCGUAUUUGUAACCGUGUACCUGAUUUAUCCUAAAAUGAAGCAGUAAAUACUCCAGCAGAAAUCUAAUUAAAGCUAGAAACUAAAGCUAGAAGAAUCGAAUUCGCGACUCAAGAGGAAAAAAAAAUGCGUGGCUUAUACGUUCUCUUGAUGGUGGGCGCACUAGUCGCUUCAUCGAGGGACGGAUUGAAAUCAUCGAUCGGUCAGACUGAUCAUCCAAAGUUAAUGAGAGGCAGUAGCAAUACCUCGCUGCCAAAGCUUAGCAUCGGCCUGAUAGUGCCGCACACGAGUUUCGGCCAGCGCGAAUACACAAGAGCCAUCAACAGGGCCGUCGGAAAUAUGCACAGAGAACAUAGCAGGUCCAAAGAGACCAAAGGCCAGUCCAGGUUCUCUUUCCUGGACAAAUACGAGUUUACCCACUCCCAGGUCAAUAGCACUAUGAUGAAGCUCACACCGAGUCCGACAGCUAUUUUGGACUCAUUAUGCAAGGAGUUUCUUUCGCUGAACGUAUCGGCCAUCUUAUACCUUAUGAACUACGAGCAAUACGGACGUAGUACGGCCAGCGCUCAAUAUUUUCUUCAAUUGGCCGGUUACUUAGGAAUCCCUGUGAUUGCAUGGAAUGCCGAUAAUUCUGGUCUGGAGAGACGGGCCUCGCAAAGCAGUCUACAGCUGCAACUGGCACCGUCACUGGAACAUCAGACCGCGGCGAUGCUGAGUAUCCUGGAGAGGUACAAGUGGCAUCAGUUUAGCGUAGUCACCUCGCAAAUAGCUGGUCACGACGACUUCAUACAGGCGGUCAGAGAGAGAAUCUCCGACAUGCAGGACACAUUCAAGUUCACCAUACUGAGCGCCAUUCUGGUUACCGAACCACACGAUCUGCUCGAGUUAGUCAACAGCGAAUCUCGAGUGAUGUUACUGUACUCGACCAGAGAGGAAGCUACUCAUAUCCUGACCGCUGCUAGGGAGUACAAAAUUACCGGGGAGAAUUACGUAUGGGUAGUCACGCAAAGCGUUAUUGAGAAUUUACAAACCCCCAGUCAGUUCCCGGUCGGAAUGUUAGGUGUGCAUUUCGAUACGAGCAGUGAGAGCUUGGUAAAUGAAAUUACGACAGCAAUCAAGGUCUAUGCUUACGGUGUCGAGGACUUCAUCAAUGACCCGAAAAAUGCAAAUCGUAGUCUGAACACUCAACUGAGCUGCGAAGGCGUCGGUGAAUCACGAUGGAGCACGGGGGAUCUAUUUUUCAAAUAUUUGAAGAACGUUUCCGUCGAGACUGAUCAUGGAAAGCCAAACGUAGAGUUCACUCAGGAUGGUGUGUUAAAAGCUGCGGAGUUGAAAAUUAUGAACCUUCGACCGGGAGUUAGCAAGCAGCUUGUUUGGGAAGAGAUCGGUGUCUGGAAAUCCUGGGAAAAAGAGGGUCUAGACAUUAAGGACAUUGUCUGGCCGGGCAAUACCCACACUCCUCCGCAAGGCGUGCCGGAGAAGUUUUACCUUAAAAUAACCUUUCUGGAGGAACCGCCUUACAUCAAUCUUGCCCCGCCGGAUCCUGUGACCGGAAAAUGCUUGGUGGACCGCGGUGUUCAUUGUCGAGUGGCCAAGGACUCCGAUAUGGUUGGAAUGGAUUUUCAAUCGGCGCAGAAGAAUGAAAGCCUUUUUCAGUGUUGCAGCGGAUUUUGCAUCGAUCUGCUGCAGAAAUUUUCCGAGGAAAUUGGUUUCACUUACGAGCUCGUAAGAGUGGAGGACGGCAAGUGGGGUACUUUGGAGAAUGGGAAGUGGAACGGACUUAUAGCCGAUUUGGUCAACCGGAAGACUGACAUGGUGAUGACUUCGUUGAUGAUCAACUCGGAAAGAGAAGCGGUGGUCGAUUUCACUGUACCUUAUAUGGAAACUGGUAUCGCUAUUAUUGUAGCGAAAAGAACAGGCAUAAUAUCGCCCACUGCAUUUUUAGAACCAUUCGACACGGCUUCGUGGAUGCUAGUGGGCAUUGUUGCCAUACACGCUGCGACGGUAAUGAUACUACUCUUUGAAUGGGCAUCACCCUCUGGUUUCGACAUGAAGGUAAACCCUUCAGGCGCUGCGCAAAAACUGAAGAAUCCAUCGACAAACCAUCGAUUUUCGUUCUGUCGCACGUACUGGCUGGUUUGGGCCGUAUUAUUUCAGGCUGCCGUCCAUAUCGACUCUCCCAGAGGAUUUACAGCCAGAUUUAUGACAAACGUCUGGGCAUUAUUUGCCGUGGUCUUCCUCGCCAUUUACACUGCCAAUCUGGCUGCCUUCAUGAUCACGCGGGAAGAAUUUCACGAGUUCAGCGGUGUGGACGAUCAUAGGCUCGCUAAGCCCUUUUCCCACAAACCCAUGUUUAAAUUCGGCACGGUACCGUGGAGUCACACAGACAGUACGCUGGCAAAGUACUUCAAGGAGAUGCACUCUUACAUGAGGGCUUUCAACAAAAGCAGUGUUGCAGAUGGGGUCGAAGCUGUCAUCAGUGGAGAUCUGGAUGCGUUCAUUUACGACGGCACGGUCUUGGACUAUUCGGUCGCCCAGAACGAGGACUGUCGACUGCUAACAGUCGGGUCAUGGUACGCCAUGACGGGAUAUGGUCUGGCGUUCUCCAGGAACUCAAAAUACUUACAAAUGUUCAACAAACGGCUGUUGGACUAUAGGGAUAACGGAGAUCUAGAGCGAUUGAGAAGAUACUGGAUGACCGGGACGUGUAAGCCCGGGAGAGAAGUACAAAAGAGUAGUGAUCCGCUCGCUUUGGAGCAAUUCUUAAGCGCAUUUCUCUUACUGAUGAUGGGAAUUCUUUUGGCGGCAUUCCUUUUACUUCUGGAACAUUUAUAUUUUAAAUACAUCAGACAGCACCUGGCGAAGAGCGACGACGGUGGCACAUGUGCUAUUUUUAGCCUAAGCGUAGGAAAGUCCCUGACCUUCCGCGGUGCAGUGUACGAGGCGCAGGAUAUCUUGAGGCAUCACAGAUGCAAGGAUCCAAUCUGCGACACCCACUUGUGGAAGGUCAAGCACGAGCUCGACAUGGCCAAGAUCAGGAUACGGCAGCUUGAGAAGGAUCUCGAGGCCCACGGAAUAAAGCCCACCCAGACCAAGAGGAAAUCUGGAAAUCUUGGCUGGUGGCGAGGGUGCCUCCAAAGUUCGGACCGCCAUACACCACCGGAGCCCAUGGCGAUGGAAGCUCCGCAUCCGCUACCGCCAUACUUCGAUUCGUACAUCGAUGCCGUCGAGGUUGCCCGUCCGAGGGAUAUGAGUAGAAACCAUGUGGUCAGUACAGAAUACGCCGAGACGUUCUUGCCCACGGAGAUUUACAGGAUUCCGGAUGAUGAUGCGACCAGGACGGAAAUCGCCGAAAUGGAGACAGUUCUGUGAUCGUAAGAGGAUCGGCUUCAGUCGCCCAAUCGCGCCACGAUGGAAGCGUAUGGGACCGACUGAGGGGCCCUUUGAAGACUCCAGAAACGAUGCGAUUUAAACCAAAAUCGUGUCCUGUUGCUCCUGCCUCGAACAACGAGCCCCACCCACAUCAAUUUUUCGUUCGGACGAAGACGCUGAUCCGCUGAUAUCGAUCCUCAGAAACUGUCGUCGCGCGCGCGGUGAAACAACGAGAGGAGGAACGUCGUCAGUGCCUAUCAAUGAUCGAGAAUCAACUAUAGUGACCAAGAAGACAUCGCUCGGGGAUAUUUUGUGACUCGAGGAAGUGCAUUUGUUGUUGACACUUGCGUUACGCUCCUGAGAAAUGCAUCCUUUGUGUCCUUUGAAAUAUAUCAGAAGGACUUGCGUGGCAGUUGCAUUCACACAACAAUAGUGAUCGUUGCGAGGAAAUGCCUCAGAAAAUUACUGAAUCUUCGGUGAUGGUCGGACGAGCACUCGAUAAUUGAGCCGGAUUUCGAUCUGCGAGGGAUUUAUUUUUAACAACACGAUCGACAAGACAUGUCAUCGAAGCUAACUGCUUCGCGCUCACGUAGUUGUGUGCAUAUGCAAAGAUUCGUUUCAAAAUUUCAAACCUGUGCCUAAAAUCGUCUGGGCACGGCUCGUGAUGCACUAGAUGAUCUAUUAGGCGUUCUGAAAUAUGGUUAGUAAUUUGAUAAGAACAAAAUAAAACUUGCAAUUUUUUUAGAAUACUUUGAGAUACGACUAUCUCAUUGAAACAACUAGUUUCCGUUAAAUGUAUAAUUUCUUUAUUAAAUACUCAUAUUUUUAUAAUUUCAAAUUAAUCAGUAGUAGAAAUUUCUAUAAAGAUAUUUAUUAGUGAAAAUUUUGCAGAAACAAUUAGAACAUUACUUUAUCCAUGAUGCAUUUUUGUUUAUUUUAAUCCUAAUUUUUUACUAACUAUGCAUUCCUCUUUGAUAUUUAUCUCAAUACUUUAUUUACUUGUUUUACUGC